AUGGGACAACUACCCAGUCAAUUCGGCAAAUGGUUCAUGAAAGCACCAUUGAACUGGGAUAAUAACAUGAAAGUCAAAUGCCAACCCAAGAUAUUAUCUGUCGGUGACCGUGUUUUCUCCACCAACCUUGGUUUCCAAUACUCCGUCAAGGCUCUCACAUCAUCAGACGAUGACCCCGACUUUCGAAAGACAUAUCCCUCCAUUGCAUAUUUGAAUAAUAUCCUCGAAGACUGCUACCUCACAAAAGUCGACAUCAACCUUCGAAAAUCAGAUGCUAGAGCUUCAAACAGCUGGUGGCUCUCCUGGAUCACGACCUUCACUGAUUCUACAGCCUCUUGCAAUGUCAUGACUAGUGAGGGUCUAGUGAACAUUACCCUUGGUGUUGAAUACACUGGUCAGAGUGAUCAUCUAUAUGAUUAUGUUAUUGAAGAUGACUAUAAGACUCAUGCAAGUACCUGGUGGGGAACAAGAUUGCUGAAUAUUUAUUUUACCGGCAUUCUGUCAACUAUGUCGCAAACUCAAGAUCUGGGAGAUGAUUCGUAUUGGAUGACGGGAGGGAUCACGUUCACGACGAAUCCGACUAUCAAAGACAUUCGUGAUCCGAAAUUAUUCAGCCUCGCUGGAUGGUUUCUUUCCUCUGAUGGGUUCAUCCAAAACGAACCUCUAAACGACACAUCUUUCAUCAAGACUGAUCCAAAGAAUCAAUUUGUCCCAGUUGUUUGGGAAAGUCUACACUACACAAGAAUUCUCCACUCCCUCAUCGCCGUUGACCUCGGAAACAAAAACGCGCCCAAUCUGCUUCUGGAUGAAAAGAAUCUUCGAUAUGCCAUCCUUCCACCAGAUGAUCCAAAUCGCAAAAAUGGUUCUUUUCUAAACGGCUCAUCAUUAACGGGUCAAGCUACACGCUAUGCCCAAAUCCCAAAACCAGGAGCACCAGUUCCACCGACGGAAAAGGACCUUGUUCUUCUAAACGAAACUUACGAUAUGUUUGCCAGUAAAAUGGGCCCACUGGGCAGCAAAAAUGCUACGAUAGUCUCGCAGUAUCUCUGCUCUGUGCCGCAGAGUAAGAGUCCGGGUGUUAUGCUUUUAGCGAUCCUUCUUGCAGACCUCGUGUUUCUGCAAGCGGCGUGGGUGAUUUAUAAUUGGAUUGCUGGAAGCAUGUUGUCAUCUUCACAGAUGCAGACGUGCCAAGGCUGUAUUGGAGGUCCUGUUCAAGUUGCUGAGAAGAAUGGGUUUCUGAAUGAUAGGAAGGCCACGGCGACUUCGGGGAGCUAUGUGAGUGUCAGUGCUGAUGAAGGGGCUGGUAGUAGUUUGUUGGUCAGGGAGGCUAAGUGA